UCAGGAGGGGAAGGGGGCUUUGGGGGUACACGCCGGUCUGGGGACUCCUGGACCCUUCUCUAGGCAGGCCAGUACCAUGCAGAGUGGAAGACAGAGAGUAAAACCCAGCCAGAUUCAUUUUCUGCUCGCAGGGAGAUAACCCUGGAGUGUCACAGUUGUUUAGAGUCUGCAGUAUGGAUCUCCUUGGCACCUCUCAUGGGAUCCCCUGUGGAGCUUUCGGGACGUGGGUUUUGCCUCCCACUGAAGCAGAAGCUCUCUGGGCUGUGAUGCUGUAGGUAGUGUUGGAGAGGGGGCACUGGAGGUGCUCUGAAGGAGAGUCCUUGGGUUUACUCCAGUCUCCCAACUCCAGGUGACAGCACAGAAAAGGAUGCAGUGCAGGUGUUUUUCAGUCCCCAAUGUUUUGUGGGGUGGGGACCCCUCUGGGUCUCCUGGGAGCCCUGCUGAGCAACCUGGGCACCAAUUCCACCUCUGGCAGUGCCACAGAGCAUUGUACCCCUGCCCAUCCCACCCGUGCUGUGUGCCAUUGGAGAGGGUGCCAUGGCACUGCAGAAGUGUUGGCAGGGCUGACAAUGCUGUUUUGACGGGGCCACCUCUGGCGCGCCAUGCUGGGCAAGCCACGCGCCUCAUUCCUUUGCUGCCAGAUGUGCCAAAAGCAAGGAUAACCAUUAACCCUUUCCUCUUUAGCCAUCACCUGGGUGGGUGGCCCUUCCCACUUUCUGUUUGCUCUCUUGCCUGGCUGCUGUUUGAUCUCUUGGGAUGCCAGUGACUUUACAGUCUGCUGUAGUGGUGUGGGAGAUAACACAUGUUUCCUAAAUGGGCUUCUGUCAACAGUGGGCUGUGCAUGCCCUGUCUGCUCCUGCUUGCCUCCCACUCACCUCAGAGGAGGCCUCAGUGGCCAAGGGGCUGACAAGGCUGUGACAGGGACCCCCUGUGCCCACCCCAUGGCUCACAGCAGGAAAACCCUGCCCAUGACGCACUCCUGGCUCCCUGCACACUCAGCGCUGGCAGUGCUCGUGUUGCUGCGGUACCUGGCAUGCUGCCGCUCCCUGCCGUGCCGGCCCUCCCACCGGAGCAUCAGUAAAAAGAGUUUCCUGGGGAAUAUCCCACAUUUUCAAGAAAUAUUGGCUGUAAAAAUUAAGCUGAUCUGUUGGUGACGCCUCUCAAAAUAAGUCAGUAUGGGUGCAAAUGCCAAAACUGCCUGGAAAAGGGGAAAACCAAGAGGAAUUAGUGUUUGUCUCCUAUGGCAUCUUCUCUCACUUAUCUGUAAAAGUUUGAGGCAGGAACUACCUUGCUAUUAAUUAUAAUUUGGCCAAGAAACAAGUAAUGGGAUUAACUGGUGACUUUAAUAAACUACUCUGGUAGGCAAGCUAAAAGUAAUUUCAAGUAAUGCCCACAUGCUUCUUUGCCACUUUGGAGGUGACUUUUUCUGGGGAAGGACUUUGGAGCCCAUGUGUUUUGACCCAAUAAGUGCCGUUAAUAAACCUGCUGCCUCGCCACCAGACAAGCAGAUGGGACCCAGGCAGCAGCCCAACAUGUGCUCUGGAAACCAGGGCAGGGAUUCUUGGUAAAAGGGGGAAGAUCUGAACUGUUGUUGUUCCACUGGAUUACUGAAAUAAUUUAUUGCAAUGCUCCACCCUUAUAAUUAAAGCGCGGUGAUGAAAGCAACUGGUAGAGUAGCUUUGGAUUCAGAAGCGGCAUGUGCGUGUGGUGUGUGUGCACACCUCACCUUUGGUGUUUAUAUUUGUUUUUUUUUAAAUUGACUCCUUGCUUCUGAAUAGAGCAGGCAGCAGCCUCAGUUCUUAGAAAGGUAUCUGGAGAUGGACAGCUCCAGAAAGCAGGGAGACAGGCUCCAAGAGAUAAGGGACAUUACUUCUUGAGCGCAACAGCAGCAGGGCCAUUCCUGGUACUGGCUGGAUGGGGGCCAAACGGAGAAGAUCUUGCUGUGAGCCGGACAGGGAGGCAGAGAGCCCCUGGGGAGGCCUGCCCAAUGCCCUGAGUCUCCAACUAGCCAGAAUAGGGUGGGUGACUUGAGUGUCUCCUGCAAAGUAGGAUAACCUGCUGUCCUUGUGUCCCCUGCCAUGGGAAGCCCUCAGAAAGAUAGCAAUGUCACAAGGGCUGCUCAGGGUGGGCAUAGUGGGACAGCCGGCCCAUGUCCCCCUGUGCCAGGGCGGUCGGAGACAGCCACAGCACUGGUCCCUAGGGAGGGCAGACAAACGUGUUGUGGGGGCUGUGGGGCUUGAUGAGGCGAUGGCGGCAGGGUGCCAGCCCCCUACAGGGUUGACGAGCAGUUAUCUCGGCUCGCACACGCACCCUGCACGCAGCCAGAUGCGAGCUGGUACGCUCUGUGCUGCUGAUUGCCUCACCGACAGCAGCGGCGCGGGAGGACGCGGCUUCACGGAGGAUGCUACAGCAGGAUGGACCCGCUGCCGUCAAGCGGGAGGAGGACGACUUGGGCAAGUUCGUGGACUUGGACUUCAUCCUGGCGCACACCAGCAGUGGCGGGCAGGGGCCGACCGGCCCCAACUACCCCCUGCCCGAGACCCCCGAGAGCUGUGGCACCACGUACGACAGCGACGGCUCGUACUCCACGCCGGGCAAGUUCCCGGCGCCUUACCCCGAGGGCCAGGGCCACAGCUACGUGGCUGAGUUGCUCACCCCGGACCUGCCCGGCCACUACGACCUACAGCGGAGGGAGUACACGGAGCUGCGGGUGCCCGGCGGCCCCCACCACCACCCUCACCCCCAUCACCACCCGCCCCUCCACCCGGCCCUAGCCCGCCCACUGCCCCUGGACCCCGCGCAGUCCUUCGGGCCCCGUAUCAAGAAGGAGCAGCCGGAGGAGCGCGCCUGCAUGCUGGGGAUGUCUGCCGCCGAGUACCUGGGACCGGGCGGCGGCGAGCACAAGCCACGCGUGGCGCCGGGUCCCGGGCCGGGACUGGUGCCGGGGCCGCCGCUGUCCUACCCGGGCUUUCCCCACGGCCGCUUGGGGCCCCCUGAGGAGCCGCUGCCUGGCGCCGAUCCCCACCUCUUGGCCGACCUGCCGCCCCACUACGCCGUGGCCCCGCACCGCUAUGCGCCCCACUUCGCCCCCCAGCCGCCACCGCAGUUUCAUGGACAUUUCAGUGUUUUCAGGGAGCCCCUGAAGGCGCCAGGCCCGGGCCCGGCGGGGCUGCCCGGGCUGCUGGUCACGCCGCCCAACUCCCCGGUGCUGGAGUACUUCCCGACCGGGGCUCCCCCCGAGGACUGCAAGCCCAAGCGCGGCCGCCGCUCGUGGGCGCGCAAGCGAACGGCCACGCACAACUGUGAAUACCCGGGCUGCGGCAAGACCUACACCAAGAGCUCCCACCUCAAGGCGCACAUGCGGACCCACACGGGCGAGAAGCCCUACCACUGCACCUGGGAAGGAUGUGGCUGGAAAUUUGCCCGCUCCGAUGAGCUGACCCGCCACUACCGCAAGCACACGGGGCACCGGCCGUUCCAGUGCCACCUCUGCGAGCGGGCUUUCUCUCGCUCAGACCACCUCGCUCUCCACAUGAAGCGGCACAUGUGAGCAGUGUCUGCGGCCGGACUCGAUGUCCCCGAAGCCAGCUCACGGUGUAAAUAGUGUCGGGCCAGGGAUGGCAGUGGGGAAGCAGCCUGGCCACCCAGCCCUGUCUGCUUGUAGUUGAUAACUAGUUUUCUCCUCCUGCUCCUGUGAGAGCUGGCCCAGCCAAGUGGUGGGGAAGGGCUGCUUUGGGGAUGUAUGUGGGGAGCAAAGCUGCAAGAAUCAUCUGCCCAGGCAUCACCACUCAGCUCCCCAUGCCUGGAGGGUUCCCCACAGCCAGGUACCCAGUGAGUGGGGGAACUGGUGCAUAAGGGAUCUGUACCCAGAACUCCUGGCUUGUAUUUGGCAUCAGCUUAACCUUCUUCCCCCAGAUUCUGGCACACCCCUGGCUCUAGGGGCUAUGGUGGCUGACUCUGGCUGCUUUUUGGCUGGAGAGCCAUGCCAUUUGGGCAUGUUGGUUGUGGUGCUGGGAAAUGGGUUGCUGGUUGUCUCGGUUGUGAUUAUCAGAACAAACCUCCUGACCCAAAGCCCAGAGUGGAUGGGGCGAGGGUGGGAUUUCACUGGCUCAUGGCUAUAAAGGUUUGCAGGUGUUGGCAGCACAGUGUCACCUUGCACAGAGGACAGGGAUGAUCCUGUCACCAGCCUGGGACCCCUCUGGGCAGUCCAGCCCUGGCCAUUCCCAGUUUUCCACUCGAGCCAAAAUGUCUCUCCUGGCUCUUGUCUGCUUUAUUUUGUCUUGUUCUUCCCCUCAGGAUGACACCAGGUACUGCUGCAGCUGCCUUCCCCAUGCUGCUUUUUAAAAUUUAGUAUGUAAAGGACAGUGAGUCCAGCUAUGAAUGCCCAGGUCUCUGCUAUACUUGAAAUUUUUGUAGAGGGAGGGACAAAAAAGAAAGCUCAAAAGAAAAUGAGUCUUUUAAUGUGCAGCUUCUGCAAAGCAAGUUGUAAAUUAAACAAAGCAGUAAUAUAUAAUGUUUCUGGUUUUUUUUUAAUAUAUUUUCUUCCAGCUGGGAACACAGAUGAGUCUCAGCUUUGGGAAGUGCACUGUUCCCGUCUGUGUAUAUUGUUAAUUAACAUUUCUCUGCUUGGGCACGUUAGGUCUCUUGCACUCUGAAAUGUUACUUUUCUUUAUAUGCAAACUGUUGAAAUAUUGUGAUCUGCUGUAUAAUAAAUAAACAAGAUGUAAACAUGAAA